CUGCCGUGCACCAGAUUCCAGUUCCAUGGUUCAGCCUGCUUGUCAGCCCACCACUACGGUACUGCCCAUGGUUGCUGGAUCGUGGGUUCCAUAGAUGUAGAUCGUCUGCAGCUUCCCUCUCAAGGGUCUUUUCAGAGGCCCUGCCCAAGCUGUACAUCCUUACAAUCGUCCUCCGAACUCACUGGUACUCAAAUGUCUAUACAGCAACCCCUAGCAGAGCAGAUAUCAAACCGAUCAUCAUGUCCACGCACAACAAACCCCCAUCCAGCCCCGAGGGCCGAAUCAACGCCGCGCGCGGGUACAGAGCCGCCCUGAACAACCCGCACGUCUCAGCCGAAGCCAAAGAGCACGCGCGGCAAUUGCUCCUCGAGCUCGACGUCGACGAAGCGCGGCACGAGCUGCUCGAUGACAGCGGGCCGCCCCAUGCCGCGUACCACCGCCAGCGGAAGAACCUGUCCAAGGCAGAAGAAGAAGAAGAUCGGCGACCGAGGUCUCCGCAGGAGAGGAUUAAUGCGGCGAGGGGGUAUAAAGGGGCUCUCCACAACCCGCUCGUCUCCGCCGAGGGCAAGGAGCAUGCGCGCAGGAUGCUGGCGGAGAUGCACGACGAGGAGGCCCGCGAGGAGCUGUACCGGCAGCAUGUGAAGCCGAAGAGCCCGACUCGGGUCGCGGGCGGGCUUAGAGGUGCCCAGCAUAACCCGCUCGUGAGUGAGGAGGCUCGCGAGAGGGCCGCGCAGAGUCUGCAGGAAAUGGGCGCGGACUCACCAGAAGAAUAGGUAGUUAAAGAGGCUUAUAUGGGGUAUACUCGAGGUAUACUCAAGCAUAAUAUUACUUGACUGGGCUAUGUUCAUUUGUUUCUUCUCUUUCCUGGCUCAGCUCUACGCAUCAGGCUGAAUCUUAGUCCCGUGUGUGCCUAUC